UGACGUCAUGCGCCAUUUAUAGGCCAUAUUUGUUAUUGCGAUAUUUCCUGUUGAUGUAGUCAUAAUAUUGAAAUGAAUCUAAUCGUUUUACAUAAAUCUUUGAGACUUACAGCGCUAAUAUGACUCUUGUUAUGACUCAAAGAUCGUAGACUGUCAACUUGGUUACUGAAAGUGUUGUAUUGUACACGUUUUAAAUAAUGCAAAAAUAUAGAUCUAUCUUUAUGGAACAAUUCUUGUUUUUACUUGACUGCUGAAGUCAGUAUGAGUAACAACACAGUGCGACUUGAAACCAAAGAGACAUUUACUAGAACUAAAAGACUCAUAAUAAACUGGUGAAGACACGAAGCCUCACAAACUAUUGGCAUGAUUUCGUUAUAUGAGUUAAGAUCUCAAGCAUAAUUAUUUGAGUUCUGUAACAGUAAAUGGCAGAUAUCUACAUCUAUAAACGUAUUCCCCCGCCCAAUGUGUCCGACCCCGCAGACAGUCUUGACGAAUACGAGAGAUAUUGUAGGAUCAACAAAAUCUUUUUGGAGUCGGCGCCCAUCUUGUUGUUAGCUUUUGGCGUGCCAGGUAACUUCAUGUCCAUUUUGGUGUUAAAUAAACGCUCUAUGAAAGACAACGUGUUCUCCGCCUAUCUGAUUAGUAUGUGUGCCUUCAACAUCGUCACACUGACCAUCGCAAUGUCCAGACAUCUGAGUGUUGGGAUCUUAGGGGUAGAGGUGGUGGCCUACAACCCAACGUCAUGUCGGCUGGUUCGCUGGAUGACCUUCACCUUGAUGAGCAUCACAAGUUGGCAUCUGGUGAUUAUUACAGGAUGCCGUGUGCUGUAUUUAGUGAACAGUCGAACGAAGCAGUGUACCGGCUGCGUCCACCCAUAUGUGACCAUCACCAUCUGCUGUACUCUGUGCGGCCUGUUAGAGCUACUGAUCACUUUUAAAGGCGUGUACUACACAAACAAGAGAGGCGCUAUAGUGGAAUGCUAUCUGCAUACAAACUCUGUGUGGAUGUAUGUUCAGUUUGGGGCGUACGCUCUGGGCCCAGCUGUCUUCUUAAUUGUGUUUAACGGCAUCAUUAUCUUUCUUCAUUAUGGCGAAGGCUCAGGUCUCCAGACUACAAAACUAACAAAACAAGUCAGAAACCAACUGGUCAUCCUUGUCUUCGUGUCCAGUAGCCAGUUCAUCAUUACUGUUUUCCCCGUGGCGUUCUUCUACGGUCUGCUCCACGAGUUCUUUGACUUGACUACAAGAGCAGGGGAGGCUAGAGGUCAACUAGCUUACAACGCCUCUGUAAUGUUAUUUUACUGUAACAACGCCACCAAUUUUCUCAUCUACUGUUUCUUCUGGAAAAAAUUUCGUCAGGAGAUAGUGAAGAUGUUUACAGGUGAAACGCUGAUGGGUUCAAUAUCUGAGUCAGAUUUCAGGAUGGAUCAGAGUCAGUAUGGAGAAGUGAGAGAGGAUGAAGCCACGAACCGUAACUCAACAAUUAACAAAGAGCGCAGCUUUGUCUUCCCCAACCGUUCCAGUGACCUCGACUCGACCAUACAUUCAGAGCGCAGAGAGACCGCCGGGUCCAGCUGCCUCCAGAACGGGAAAGAGUCCAACACACUGAGCGUCCUCCUGAAAGAGCCGCAGCAGAAUGAGAGCUGGCUGGACAGCCUAGUAUUCGGCAACGUGGAGCAGAUACGAACAGGCCGUAGCGUCACCACCGUGGAUAGUGUCAAACUAAAAGGGCGCGUGACGCCCUCCGAAAGUCAAAAAGAUGUCCCCAGGGCCUCCCUUCAUACGUACAUUUCAGAUAGAUUUUUUAAUUAA